GUAGCUUUGAUCUAGAGAGAAGGCUUUCUUUUUUUGUAUAUAAACUGUGUUAUGCCCUUCUCCUUCUCCACCAAACACACUCUCUCUCACACACAGAGGAAGAAAAUGAGCAACCUUCAAACUGUGUCGAAGCAACAGGAGCCAUGGUGUGAACUUAAAGACAAAGUGGUUCUCGUGACAGGAGCUUCCUCUGGUAUAGGAAGAGAGAUCUGUCUUGAUCUAGCCAAAGCUGGCUGCAAGAUUAUUGCAGCAGCUCGUCGUGUCGAUCGUCUCAAAUCUCUCUGCUCCGAAAUCAACACAACCGGAGUCCAAGCCGCUGCCCUUGAGCUAGACGUUUCAUCAGACGCAGCCACCAUUCAACAAGCGGUUAAAGAAGCUUGGGAAGCCUUUGGAAAGAUCGACGCGUUGGUCAACAAUGCCGGAAUCAGAGGCACUGUCAAGUCUAGUUUGGAUCUGUCAGAAAACGAAUGGGACAAAGUCUUUAAAACCAACUUAACAGGAGCUUGGUUAGUAUCCAAAUACGUAUGCAUUUUAAUGCGUGACGCUAAAGACCGUGGUGGCUCGGUGAUAAACAUUUCAUCCAUCUCGGGGCUCCACCGCGGUGUAGUUCCUGGUGGAAUCGCGUAUGCAACUUCCAAAGGCGGUGUUGACACCAUGACAAGGGUGAUGGCUAUUGAGUUAGGUGUUUACAAUAUCAGAGUGAAUUCUAUAGCACCGGGGCUUUUGGAGUCAGAGAUGACACAAGGUCUUAUGAAGAAAAAAUGGCUCAAGAAUGUGACCUAGCGGACUAUC